UGGUUUUUAGUAUUCCGGUUAGUUUACUUCCCUUAUUGAGUCGUACAAAACGUUAAUUUAUGCGUGUUAGUGAAUUAGUCGGGGCGAGUUUGCUUGGCAGCAACGGUCUACUUUAAAACUCCGACUGACUUUUGUGUUUAUGAAGAGACAGGGAUACAAAUAAGGAAGAAAAAUAGCAUAAUGAUAAGGUGUUUGCCCACGGAGGUCCAGGGGAAACUUCGCUCCGGUGUGGCCAUCCCGUCCCUCCAGCAGUGCGUGGAGGAGCUCCUCCUUAACAGCAUCGAUGCCGGAGCCACCUGCGUGGGCGUCAGGAUCGACAUGGAGGCGUUCAAGGUUCAGGUGAUCGACAACGGAUCGGGGAUCCCUGCUGAGGACAUGGAGCGCGUGGGGAUGAGAUACCACACGAGCAAAUGCAGCUGCGUCGACGACCUGGAGAACCUCCGCUGUUACGGCUUCAGGGGCGAAGCCCUGGCGAGCAUAGUGUCUUCAGCCACGCUCGUGGAGAUCUCCUCCCGGACCAGGCUGUCGGUGAAAACCCACGUCAAAGUGUUCAGAGACGGCCAGGGCAUGGACGUCUUCGAGGCGGAGACGUCCCGGCCCUCUGCGGGGACGACCGUCAUCGUUUGCAACUUCUUCCACAACAUGCCCGUCCGGAGGAAGAGGGUGGACGCGGUGCUGGAGGGCGAGAGGAUCAGACAGAGGGUGGAGGCCGUGUCCCUGAUGCAUCCCGCCGUGUCCUUCACCCUGAAGAACGACUGCACGGCGGCCAUGUUGGUGCGGCUCCCCAAAGCCAGAGACACCCACCACCGCUUCGUUCAGAUACACAGCCUGGCGCGCGCCGAGAAACUGGGGCGCGUGAGCCACGCGCACGAGCAGUUCGAGGUGAGCGGCUACCUGGGCAAGGAGGGCCACUACAACAGCAGCUUGCAGUACCUGUACGUGAACGAGAGACUCCUACUGAGGACGCGGAUCCACAAGCUGCUCAACUGUCUCCUGCGCAGGCUCGGCAGCGCCGGCCACAAGCAGCAGAGUCCGGACGGGACAACCGCGACCCGGAGUCCGAACCACAAGCGCAGCCAGGACCAAUACGGGGUGUACGUCGUCAACAUAAAGUGCGCCUACUCCGAGUAUGACAUUUGCCUCGAGCCAGCAAAAACCCUGGUGGAGUUCAAAGACUGGGAUGGAGUCUUGCUCUGCGUGGAAGGGGCGGUCAACGCUUUUCUGAGGAGGGAGAACUUGGUGUCCCUGUGUUCCCGAGAGGACUUGGACUGCGUGUCCCCGAGGGGGUCUGGCGUCCAAAGCGCAGAUCCAAAGGAGGAAAGCGAGGCGGCUGGCCGGGAACCAGCGAUGGACUGCUGCAUUGGACCGACGCUGGCGUCUAAUUUUGUUUACCGUAGAAGUGCGAAGGACAGCGUCCACCCAGAGUCAGACCUGUGUGGGCCCAUUGCUGAUGGAGCUCAGCAAGACGAGGACGCGGCGAAAGCUUUAGAUGAGCCCGAGAAGACGCCGCAACGUGAUCUGGAGCACACACAGAGUGAUGAUGAUGAUGGUGAGGAAGCGUUCACCAAGGUUACGGACAACUUAGACGGGCCUUCGGGAGAGCAAAGACCCCAAAAGAUUGGCUGUGAUUCACGCCCACCUGCGGGCCAAACUCCAACGUGUCAGUUUGACGUAAACAGCAAUGAACAAGUGUGUCAGCGUCCUGUCAGGAAGAUCGGCUUGUCUGACCCGUACGUCCACCAGAGCCUGCAGAUCCAGGACCCGUUCCCAAGCCGCACGCCUCAGGUGCAAGAUUUGGCGCCAAACCGCGAGGAGAAAGCGAUGGCGCCAAAACGUAAAGAGCCACCCGACUCAAACAAAGAUGGCGCCGCCGUCCUCCCAGCAAAGAUCCCCAGAGCCGGUCCUGCUGAGAAGUUAUCGACACUCCAGCCAAGCGGGUCGCUUGACAAGUUUAGGCAAACCUACUGUAGAUCUGCUCAGUCACGGAGCAAUGCCAUUUCUCUCCGGACUUCGAGCUUCGCCAAAAACCCCGCCAGUCUGUCUGCAUUCGGAAACAAACGAGAUCGACUCGGUGACAAGGGAGACCGGCUCGUCUCCCAGAGUCCAGCGACGCGCACAGAUGACAACAAGAGUAGCAAAACGUCUCUGGCAGCUAAACUCUGUCGCUUAAGACGACACACGUCAGAAGACGCAGACGUAGCGCAGCACAGGUGCGGGGACGCGUCCCAGGACCAAACCCGUCUCGGUACGUCUGCAGGUGUUGCUUUGGACCGGGCCGACGGUGAGAACCCGCAGAGCCACGGCCUGCCUGUCGAUCCUUCUCUGGACGGCGGCCGUCAACACGAGCUGGACGGAGGCGGAUGUAGCCCGGCGCGCGGCGACUGGCUCCAUCACUACGAGGCGUCCGUGGGAAAAACGGUUUAUGUGAACAGAAAGACGGGGCUCAGCAGAUACGAGGAGCCGGCUUCAGACGAAACACAAGUACCGUGUAGGUCUGACGUCUCCAACAUGGCCGUUAGCGUCAUCUCUGAAAUGGGUGUGGAGUACAGGUGUUACCCUUUUCAGCUGGAGUUAGUGUUGCCUUUCCUGCCUAAAUCCAGGCAAGGAAGAGUGAUUAGCUCAGGGACUGACUGUAAAGACGAAGCCGACGAGAGCUCCAACUCGCUUUCUUCGAUGUACUCUAAAUGGAAGAAUCCAGUGUUUGUCCUCCCACCCACAGUCGCUGUGGAUAUCUCCAGUGGCCAAGCUGAUGGACUGGCUGUGAAGAUCCACAACAUCCUCUUUCCGUAUCGCUUUUCCAAGAAUAUGAUUCACUCAAUGAAGGUUGUUAAUCAAGUGGAUAAAAAGUUCCUUGCGUGCCUUAUUAACGCAAGAGAUGAGGACUCAGCGGCACGGGCUGAAAAUGAAGGAAACCUACUGGUGUUGGUGGAUCAGCACGCGGCGCACGAGAGGGUUCGGCUUGAAAAUUUAGUUGCAGAUUCAUACGAAGAUGACACGGAUGCCGCCGGAGGGAAACGCCUGUGCUCAUCAACCAUUUCACCACCUUUGACGAUCGGCGUAACGGAAGAGGAGCUCAGGCUGCUUAGGUCUUCUCAGCCACAUUUAAGGAAUUUGGGCCUUGAAGUUACUUUUUCAAAGACAGGAGCUCCACAGGUGUUUGUGGGAAAAGUACCGCUCUGCUUCAUGGAGAAAGAGAGCAAUGAGCUAAGGCGGGGCAGACCAUCUGUUAUCAAGCCUGUCGUUGAGGAGUAUCUUCGAGAACAAACCGAGUUGCUCCGUCUAACAGGCAGAGUCAGAGGAACUUUGCCCCUCACUGUCAUGAAAGUGCUCGCCUCACUGGCAUGCCAUGGCGCCAUCAAGUUUAAUGACCCUCUAAGCAGAGACGAGUGCCACAGCUUGGUAGCAUCCUUGUCUUCAUGCCAGCUGCCCUUCCAGUGUGCCCACGGCCGUCCCUCUAUUGUUCCGCUGGUAGACGUCCUUCACCUGAACCAGGACCAAAAGGAUUUCCAGAAACCCAACCUGCAAAAGCUAAGAAGAAUGUAUAAAGCAUGGGAGCUGUAUGGAAAUAAAUAAAAAAAAGGUG